UGGCUGUUGCCGGGGGUAUAAGUGUUUAAGUUGAGUAGGUCUCUGCGAUAAAUCAAUAUUACUGUGAUGGAUCACUGUCUCAUCGCGAUAUAGCACAAGGAAAUGUAAUUUUGUGUAUCAAUAUAUCUCAGCCAUGCUCAGCUCUUGAUACGUGUUAAAAAAUGGCAUCUGAUAAGGUUUUGUACCAUUUGGAGCAACCACAUGGAUAUGGCAAUGUCUAUGUUGCGUGGCGCCCUGGUAACAGUACGCACUUGGCCACAACAGGUUGUGACUCUACUGUUGCCAUUUUUGAUAGACAAGGCGAUUUGCAAGAGCGGUUCCAGCUUCCUGGCUUAUGUACAGGAUUUGGCUGGGAUGCGGAUGGGGAUAUAUUGGCUAUAAUAUCCAGUGGUUCAUCAGCAAUAAUUUUAUGGGAUGCUACUACAGGAAAGAAGUCGCAAGUUGAUGCAGGUCUUAGAGAUGGACUUACAUGUAUGAUUUGGGCAAAAAGAAGUUCUCUUUUAGCAGUUGGAACUCAGAAAGGAAACCUGGCCUUAUACGAUCACAUAAAUGCCAAGCGUAUUCCUAUACUGGGAAAACAUAAAAAGCGCAUAAUAUGUGGUGCUUGGUCUUUAGAGGGUCUCCUUGCUCUAGGAAGCGAAGACAAAGUUCUAACAAUCAGUACAAGCGAAGGUGAUACUCGUAGAGAGAUACAAUUACAAGGAGAUCCUUCUAAUGUACAAUUUAGUGAAAUGAAAAUGGAUCAUCGAAUAGGUGGUGAAAAUACGGUCUCCCUCGUUGUGGGUAGAUCAACUUUAUUUUUGUAUAACGUUCUGGAUCCAGAUAAUCCAAUCGAGCUAGCUUUUCAGAAACGCUAUGGUCCAAUUGUGACGUAUAAAUGGUACGGGGAUGGUUAUAUUUUGGUAGGCUUCGAAGCGGGUUACUUUGUAGCAAUAUCCACACAUAUAAAAGAAGUAGGUCAAGAAUUAUUUCAAGUAAAGAAUCACAGGGAUUCUCUUAAUGAUAUCGCGCUCAGUCAAAUUACGGGAAAAGUCGUAACAUGUGGCGAUAAUACGUUGAAAGUUCAUAAUUUGCACAAUUUGGAAGAAACCGACAAAGUGAUAACACUAACUGGAGAGACUGGAAUAAAUAAAGUUGAAUGGUCUGCGGAUGGCACAAUGUUGGCGGCUGUAACGCAUAGUGGCAAUGUCUUGAUUUAUCUUGCAGAAUUGCCCAAAUUAACCAGCGUUUGCGGUAACAGAAUAGCAUUAUUGGCUAGUCUCACCGAGGUGAUAGUACAUAUGUACACUUUGGAUAAGAAUAAACCUGCUCCUCAAGUAAUUAAUACUAUCAUCGAACCAUCUGUAGUGGCAAUUGGACCAAUGCAUUUAGCGGUGGCUUUGAACAACCGUGCCUUAUUUUGGGACUUAUCCACUGUACAAUAUGACACGCCAAUGUAUUUCGAGAGAGAUUAUUUGGCCACGGUGGAAAGCAUGUGUUUAAACGAAAUUUACAUUUCCGUAUUAUUUGAUGGAAAGUUACAGUUACACGCGAUAAAAAUUGACCAGGCUGCGAAUAACGAUGGGAAGGAAUCCAAAAUAUUUCCACAAUCUAGUGCCUUAGAUGCGAAGAUAACGUGCCAUGCUUUGUCGCCAGAAUUUUUAGUGUACGGCAACGAUAUGGGCCGCCUUACUUAUUUUUACUUGGAAACAUUCAAUGAGUCGACUGAAUUGUCUCAUAACAAUGGCAUUAAGCAAAUUUUUCUGGAUGCUAAUGGAACACAUCUAUGUUUUAUAGAUGAUAAAUCAGAUGUAUAUGUAUACGAUCCUAUAAACGAAAGUGUUAUACAAGUACCAGAUUGUCCUGAUAACGUAGCGGGCAUCAUAUGGGACCAGAAUAUAUUUGAACGUUCGAUAUUCGCGAUAUUCAAUAAGAAUAUCAUUGUUACAUAUAUCUUUGUACAAUAUUACAUAGAAGGUAUGAAAGUGAUAAAAGUGGGUACAACUAAAUUACCCACGGAAACGAUUCCUUUGCUUAUGUAUUCGGGGGAGGUAACUCUGAGUACUGCAGGCAAUAAAUUGACACAAAUGACUCUAAAGACUCAUGAAGAAGUUGGAAACAUUGUAGAGCCUAAGAAAAUAAUGGAAAUACUUGAUAAUCAAAUAAUGUGUAGAAGAUUCGAGCACGCUUUGGAUUCUUGUGAAAAAUUGAACGAUCCAGAUGCUUGGAUAAAACUUGGACAAAGUGCAAUGGCUAAUUUAGACAUAGAUUUUGCCGUACGUGUCUAUCGACGCAUGGAGGACGCUUCGAUGGUUUGGGCUCUGAAAAAACUGAAUAACGUUGACGAGUUAUCAUUGUUGUCUGGACACGUUUGUGCGUUACUCGGUGAAUACAAUCAAGCUGAAAAACUUUUUUUGUCAUCUUCACAACCAGUACAGGCACUUUACCUGAGGCGGGACUUGAUGCAAUGGGAACAAGCGCUUAGUUUAGCUCAGAAAUUAAAACCUGAAGAGAUUCCAUUUAUAGCACGAGAAUAUGCACAGCAGUUAGAGUUUACUGGGAACUAUCCUAAAGCUUUGAUCAAUUAUGAGCGUGGUCUUGUUGAUACUAACGUACCGUCCAGCUUGGCAUCCCAAAGUCCUAGCCAUCGUUUGCAAUGUCUUGCGGGAGUAGCAAGAAUGUCUAUAAGAUGUGGAGAUAGUCGAAGAGGAGUAGGCAUAGCAAUGGAUAGCGAAAGUACAAGAUUAUUACGCAAGGAGUGUGCAGAAAUUUUGGAAAUAAUGAAGCAAUUUAACGAGGCAGCCAUGUUGUAUGAAAAAGCUGAAUAUUUUGACAAAGCAGCAUCAGCGUAUAUAAAAUUAAAAAAUUGGCACAAAGUGGGGCAACUACUACCGCAGAUAUCAUCGCCAAAAAUAAAUAUACAGUAUGCCAAAGCCAAAGAGGCUGAGGGUAAAUAUGAGGAAGCUGCAAAAGCCUACGAAACCGCUAAGGAUUAUGAUAACAUUAUCAGGAUCAAUCUUGAGCAUUUAAAUAAUCCUGCACGCAGUGUGGAAGUAGUACAACAGACAAAGAGUAUAGAAGGGGCGAAGAUGGUCGCCAGGUUCUUUCAGAAAAUGAACGAUUACAAUUCAGCCAUUAAAUUCUUGAUACUAUCUAAUUGCCAUGAUGAAGCGUUUCAACUUGCCAAUCAACAUGGAAAGAUGGAAUUGUAUGGCGAAAUUUUGGUUAAUACUCUGGAUGAUGAUAAUGUCAGAACUGAAGAUUUUAAGAGUUUGGCAAUUCACUUUGAGUCUCAAAAAAAUCAUUUGCUCGCUGGAAAAUAUUAUUUUCAUGCAAAGGAAUUCCAUAAGGCUCUCAAACAUUUAUUAAAGGCUGCUCAAUUAGCAGCGGAUGACGAUGCAGCAUUAACGUUAGCUAUUGACACAGUGGCAUCAUCAAAAGAUGAAAAAUUGGCUAAUCAAUUAAUAGAUUUCUUAUUGGGUGGUGAUAAUUUACCAAAGGAUCCAAAAUAUUUGUUCCGAUUAUACAUGGCAAGAAAACAGUACAGGGAAGCCGCGAAAACCGCUGUGAUAAUAGCGAAUGAAGAACAAAUUAAUGGUAAUUACAGAAACGCACAUGACGUGCUGUUUAGUAUGUAUCAGGAAUUGAAAAGAAACAAAAUUACAACUCCUUUGGAGAUGCAAAACAAUUUAAGACUUUUACACUCAUACAUUUUGGUUCGUCUGCACGUAAAAAGAAAUGAUCAUCUUCGAGGUGCGAGAAUGUUAAUAAGAGUCGCCAAUAAUAUUUCCAAAUUCCCUUCUCACAUAGUUCCAAUAUUAACAUCAACAGUGAUCGAAUGUCACAGAGCAGGUUUAAAGAAUGCAGCAUUCAAUUUUGCUGCAAUGUUGAUGCGUCCAGAACAUAGAUCGCAUAUUGAUACAAAAUACAGUAAAAAGAUUGAAGCUAUAGUAAGAAAACCUCCUAGAUCAAAAGAUCAUGAUGUGGAGGAUGAGCCAUUGACGCCGUGUCCUUAUUGCAAAAAUAAAGUCCCUGAAACUGAAGUUACUUGCGAGAAGUGCAAGAAUACAAUACCAUUUUGUAUAGCAACGGGACGUCAUAUCAUCGAAAACGACUUUACAGUAUGCCCUAAGUGUGAUUUUCCUGCAAUUAAAUCUGAAUUUCUACGGAUCAUUGAGACUGAAGAAACAUGCCCAAUGUGCUCAGAGCAUGUGGAUCUCAAUACAGUGCCUUCGAAUGUGAAUAUUCGUCCGUACCUUAAUCUUCAAGAAGAAAAAAAUAAAACAUAAGGAUAGUUACUUUGAGUAAAUACUUUAUGUAGAGAUAACUUCUAUAUACAUAUCGACCAAUUCUUCACUACCCCAAUAGAGACUGUUUAUGCGUGAGCACUGGAUGAUCUUUGUUUUUAACGAUUCACAAAAAUUCGCUAAUGCGCAAAAUAUUUCUAUAGAACUUUUGUACAGGGGAACUUAAUGUUUAAGAUCCCAUGAUUUCAUGCCAUAACGAUCCGUCCAAUUUUCAGUACAACGCACGCGAGUACAAUCAAAAUGUACCGAAUUGUUUACAUAAAUAAAUAUACUGCACUCAUUUUCAACG